CUUUAUGAUCAGACACAACUCUACGACGUGCUUGGUGGAUCGUCAGCAGGUCAGAACAUGAGCUGAAGAACCUGAGCCGAAACGUGCAGAUUUACCUGAGUUUAAUGGAACAGAUGGUCUGUGACUGAUGGAUAAUGGAAAACCACAUUCCAAAGGCCUGGCUGAGGAAGAGGAGGGUACAGAUGCUGGACCAACCUUUCCCCAACAGAGACUGUUGGAGACCACCCUGUAUUAUUGGACACCUUAAGACGUGUUUGCAGGAAGAAUGCCGUCUCCUGCUGAGAAAGGAAUGAUGUGACUGCUGCCAUUGUGUACGUGCUGAGCUGCACUCUCAGGCCAACAGGGUCGCAGGGGCUGAUGCCCAGGGCCAGGGAUCACUGAGAGAUGGGGUACACCCUGGACAGGUCUUAAGUCCAUCACAGGACAGACAACCAUGGAGAACCCGAAGAGAACCCGAGAACCCCAGCACAGGGAGAACAUACAAACUCCAUGCAGAUAGACCCCAGGAUUCCAAGUCAGCUUCCUACGAGCACAGAGUCGGGAAUAAUAAACAGCGUUCAACUGUGGAGCUCUGAUUGGAUGAUUUAGAAACAGGAAGGAGAUGAAAAUAUUAUAGAUUUAUUCUCAGAGUCACUGAAACUGUUAAAAAGAAAUAAAUAUAAAAACAUCAAAUUAUUAUAUUGGAAGUUAUUAGUGGAAUCAGUUAUCAACCUUUUAGUCACAUUAAUAUGUUUCAAUGAUUAAUUAAAUAAAAAAAUAAAAUAAACAUGAACUCCAAGCAUUUAAAGGGACAUUUUACAGAAACUGAGGCUGAAUGUUUAGAGUCUUUAUAACAAACUCAGUAACUGUUUCCAUCCUGUUGAUGUUUACACAUGUUGAACAUUUUUAAAUUAUUCUACUCAGCUGCACAUUUCUAUUAAUCUGAGGAUGUUACCUUUAAUAACUGUUUCUUGGUCUUAUUUCUUCUUUUUACAUUUUACCUUAUUAUGAAUCUGCCUGCUUCCAUCUGCUUUCACUGCUGCUACACCUGAAUGUCCCCAUUGAGGGACAAUAAAGGAUAUUUCUAUUCUAUUUUCAUGAGUUAGAUGUGCAGAACUGAAAUGAUGUGAGUUCUCCUUCUAGUCUGCAGGUGAUGAAAGAAGUUUGUUGCAUCGCUUUCUCAUGAGGUAUAACCAAGUGUGUUAAAUGCAGAAGAAAAACAGCUAAAUAAUAAAAACAAUCAAAUCCAACAUAGACAGAAUAAAAGCAGGCUGGUGGUUCUGGUAGCCGGAACUGAAUGGAACUCUACUCAGGACCUCAGUCAGCAUUGGUUCAUAUUUUAAAGGAAAAAGGUGAUUUUUGUUUUCUGAGUAAAACGUCCUGUUUUAGCAUCUGAAAGUUGAGGUGAAAGCAGAAGUCCUCCCAGAGAGAAACACUGACCUGAAGCAUGAGAGGUGGAGGAAGCAGACGGCUGAACAUCUUUCACUUCUUCAUUUCCAGCUGCAGCAGAGCAGCACAGAGACGGCAGCUCAGAGCAGACGUCUGAUCAAGUCCAAAUCAAACCUCUGGAUCCAUCCUGCAGUUCUGCAUCUUUUCCUUCUGAGCAGAAAACCUUUUUGUUAACCAGAAUCAGAAGAGUCCUGAAGACCUGAUGAUCACAACCUCCGCAGAAGACCAGAAGAAGACUGAGAUGUCCUGCACAGUGCUGCCCCUGCUGGUCACUCUGAGUCCUGCACUUUUCUUCCUGCUGCUCCGUGAUGUCUCUGUGACGCAAGGACUCUGGGAGGACUACAAAUAUGGCCGCCACAGCUCUGAACUGCUGCACCAGGAGCACAACUGCAGCUGGACAUGCAUGCUGUUCACCCUGCAGUGGCCGGGGGGGUUCUGCCAGGUCAGAACUUUGUGCAUGUCAGUCAAAUUCUUCAACACCAAGCUCCCUCAUCCAUGUCUUUAUGGACCUUGCUCUCUGCUGUGGACCCACGAUGGAACAGGAAGGAACCUCCAAACUAUUACCACAACUAUGAUGUUGUCCAAAAAGUCUUUGUACAAAGAGACUCAGUGCAAGAUUCCUCAGAACAUCAGCAGCUGGACCAUUCACGGCCUCUGGCCUCUCCAUGCUCAAUGGUGCUGCAGCUGCUGGCCGUUCUUCCACUCUGAUGUCCAGGAGCUGAAAGAAGAGCUGACGGAGUACUGGCCGUCGCUGCUGAAAACCAAAUCUAGCUUUCAUUUCUGGAAGGAGGAGUGGAUCAAACACGGGUCGUGUGCUGCUUGUGUUGAAGGAUUCAACUCUCCUCUAAGAUACUUUCAGAUCUGCCUGAAGCUUCGACAUCAGUUUGAUAUCUACAAACUGCUGGAGGAUGCAGGCAUCACUCCGUCCUGCGAGCGACUCUACAAGGUUGCAGAGGUGCAGAAGGUCCUGCUGCCCCACAUCGGAGAAAAACACGAGGUCCAAUGUGUCCAAGAUCAGAAGGACAGACAGGUGCUGUUCCAGGUGAAAGUCCGGCUGUCCCGUAACCUGACCAUCGGCUGUGAUCACCAUGGAGACACCAAUGUGGACCUUGCAGUUGGGCUGGGCCCUGGACAGGGACCCUCUACUGGGCACCCCUGCCCCCCAGAUGUUCCCUUCUACUACUUCCCAAUAAACCACCAGGAACCUUGGCGACCUUGCGGUUGAUCCAAGAUGUUCUGAAAUGUUCUGCUUCUGUUAACCUCCAACGCCCUGAAUCUGUUCCGUCUUACUUUCUGCUGCUUUUUCUUUUUCAGAGUUUGGACUCAGAAGCACUCAGAUAAAUGCAUGAGUAAAGAUUCCCAUAGUAACCUUGGAGCAGAACUUUGGCGGACAUUUAAAGGUUGUGUAACUGUACUGAGCCCUGAUGAUUAAACUGUGAAAUAUC